UACAAACCUCACCUAAACAGAUAUAGACCGAUCCCGUUCGAUGACCCACUCACUUCUCUCUCCCCUCUUCAAUCUCUCUCCCUGUGCAUAGAGAGAGAGAGAGAAUCUUAGAGAGAGGUUCGGCUGUUCGAGACUUCCGUUCUGCAAUGGCGUUCUUGUCUUUCCUCGGGAGAUUACUCUUCGUCUCCGUAUUCAUUCUCUCCGCGUACCAAGAGUUCAAUGAAUUUGGUGUUGAUGGUGGGCCAGCUGCAAAGGCAUUGAGACCCAAGUUCAACGUUUUCUCAAAACAUGUUGGAACACACACGGGCCUUCAUAUUCCUAAUAUUGAGAUGAAACAUCUUGUCAUGGUGGCUAUCAUUAUGAGAGGAGUCGGAAGCUUUCUAUUUGUAUUUGGCAGCUCUCUUGGAGCUUAUAUACUACUUUUUCAUCAGGCAAUCCUUACCCCAAUCAUGUAUGAUUUCUACAACUAUGAUGCUGACAAGAAAGAAUUUGCUCUACUUUUUGUUAAGUUUACACAGGCAGGGUUUGCAACUCUUUGGAGCAUUACUGUUUUUCAUUGGCAUGAAGAAUUCAAUGGCAAUAAGUCCUGCGAAGAAAGCUUUGAAGACAAAAAUUAAUUGAGUGUCUGUACUAGUUUCACUUUUGAUGCAUAUUUUUACAGACUUUAUUUUUGGUUGCAUUCUGGUGGUUUGCAUAUUGUUCUUUUUUAUAAUUAAUUGUUGUUCAUGUAGCGCUUUCACAUUGUCUUGAUGAAAUUGUAAGUUUUGCAGAAGUGGCAGUAAUAUAUGCUCAAAAUGGAUAUUGAAGAUCUUACUGCAACCAAUUGACUUUUACAAAAUCAC